AUGUCGGUCCCCUAUCUGCUGAAUAGUGCCGCCGGCCAUAUCCCGGCCUCAGAGAAGAUCCCUGUCAUUGCCAGACCUUUCGUCAGCGACCGGGCAAAGAAGACCUUGGAUCUGGUCGAGAAGUUCGUCGAAGAAGAGUGUAUUCCCGCCGAUGAGGUCUUCAGGCAACAGAUCGGCGAAGGCGCCGUCACCCGCUUCGACUCACAUCCCCAGAUCAUUGAGGAUUUGAAGGCCAAGGCCAAGAAGCUGGGUCUGUGGAACAUGUUCCUGCCCAAGAACCACUUCAAGGAGGGCGCCGGCUUCAGCAACCUCGAGUACGGCUUGAUGGCCGAGUACCUAGGCAAGAGUAUCGUCGCUAGCGAGGCAACCAACUGUGCUGCCCCUGACACGGGCAACAUGGAGGUCUUUGCCAAGUACGGCACCGAGGAGCAGAAGAAGAAGUGGCUGGGUCCCCUAUUGAACGGCGAGAUCCGCUCGGCCUUCUUGAUGACCGAGCCCCAAGUCGCCAGCAGCGAUGCCACCAACAUCCAGCUGGACAUCAAGAAGGAUGGUGACUACUAUGUCUUGAAUGGACAGAAAUGGUGGGCGAGCGGUUCAGGCGACCGCCGCUGCAAGAUCUACAUUGUGUUGGGCAAGACGGACCCUACCAACACGAACGUGUACCGACAACAGUCUGUCAUUCUCGUGCCCGCCGACACUCCGGGCAUCACUAUUAAGCGUAUGCUGUCGGUCAUCGGGUUUGAUGACGCCCCCCACGGCCACGGCCACGUCCAGUUCAACAAUGUCCGAGUACAUAAGAGCAACCUGGUUCUCGGCGAGGGCCGAGGUUUUGAGGUGGUUCAAGGCCGUCUUGGACCCGGCCGCAUCCACCAUGCCAUGAGAUCAGUUGGAGCUGCCGAGAAAGCGCUCGAGCUCUUCCUAGCUCGAAUCAACGAUCCCGCCAAAAAGCCGUUCGGCAAGCAACUCUACGAGCACGGAAUCAUGCUGGAGCGGGUGGCCAAGUCGCGCAUCGAAAUCGACUCGUCCCGUCUGGCCGUCUUGAACGCGGCCAUCAAGAUCGACCAGUCGAACGCCAAAGAUGCCCUGAAGGAGAUCGCCGAGGUCAAGAUCCAGGUUCCAAACAUGCUGCUGGACGUGCUCGACCGGGCCAUCCAGGCGUACGGUGCGGCUGGUGUGUCUCAGGACACGCCGUUGGCAAACAUGUGGGCUAGCGGUCGGACCAUGAGAAUUGUCGACGGCCCGGAUGAGGUUCACAUGCUGCAACUGGGCCGAAACGAGAACAAGCGCGGUGCGGCCUUGUUGAAGCGGAUCCAGGCCCAGAAGGAGAAGACCAAAGAGCUCCUCCGGCAAUAUGGCUUGGAAGAGACCGACCCAUUGCAGCUCAACCGUGUGAGCGGAGGCAAGUCGAAGUUGUAG